CUCUUUUCGCCUUCAAGAGCUUUAGGGAACGAGUAGCUACAGCCCUACACGCGAAGCUAGAAUGGCCCCGGCAGCAGCUGCAGGAACGCUCCCCCUGACUAAAGUGUUGAUCAGUGAUAGCCUGGACCCCUGCUGUAAGCAGAUACUGGAGGCGGCCGGAAUCCAAGUCCUAGAGAAAUCUAAUCUCAGCAAAGAACAGUUGCAGGCCGAGAUCAAGGAUGUUGAUGGGCUCAUUGUACGCUCAGCAACCAAGGUGACUGCAGAGAUCAUCAAUGCAGCGGAAAAGUUGCAGAUCAUUGGAAGAGCCGGAACCGGAGUUGACAAUGUAGAUGUGGAGGCUGCUACAAGGAAAGGAAUCCUAGUCAUGAAGCUAAAACACACAGCAGUUUUACAUUUCUGUUCUUCCCUCUCUCAGGUAAAUGGACAGGCUCUUAGCAGUGCAUAUGCAUCCCAUACCAAGCCAUGGAUUGCACUGGCUAGAGCUUUAGGAAGUGUGCUACAUGCACUGAGCCACCAAUUGAAUGGAAGUGUGCAGCUUAUUACCGAGGGUUCAGCCUUGCAGAAGUCCAGCAACUACUUGAUUCCUGCAGUGGCAAUGGGGCUUCUUCAAGAAACUACACAGAAGAAUGUGAACCUUGUGAAUGGGCUGCUUCUGGCUCAAGAGGCUGGGUUGAAGAUCACCACUACUCAUACUGACGGAGCACUGGGCAAUAAUGGACAAUUGCGACUCACUGCAACCAAUAGCCCUCAUGUGCUUGUUGGCUCUGUGCAAGGCACCAUUCCAUGCUUGCUAGAACUCAACGGAGCAAAGUUCAAGCAGCUGGUUCCUCUCAAUGGUCCUCUACUGUUCUACAAAUCCAAGACCUCCAGUGUCAGUGUGUUGCCAACAAUUAUUGAUCUGCUAAGGAAGACCAAAAUAGAGAUGCUGUGCUACCAUCAUUCCAGUACUGAUAAUAGUGGACAGGAGUGGAAUGUCCUGAGUCUAUCUUCUGCUCUACAAAACCUGCAGGAACUGAAGCCACAUCUGACAGAAGUGUUCCAGGUGGUACUUUAAAUUCUGGUGAAGAACCUGACAGGGCCCACCAGUUUCUGUAAUGUGAAUCUUAUAUAUCUAAUUAAAAAUAAUGCAAAAAUGA